ACAUUAGUCAUUAAUAUUUAUUUCUUUAUGCUCCCCAAGACGACUGAAACGAUAAUUUUUUUAGGACAUGAAAUUUAUAAGAGUGAAAUUGAAUGCGCACGGCAGCACACCAAUCUCUUCUUUUGCUGGUGGUUAUCCUGUAUUUUUUUCGCUGUUACUCAGUGGUGUGCCGCUCCGUUCUUAUCAGGAACUUACAAGAGUUACUUGAUUAAUGGUACAUUUACGGACAGGGAGUUGCCUUACAUGGGAUGGUUUCCGCUAAACACUCGUGAUAUUUACGCUUAUAUUUUUUUGCUUAUGCUGCAAAUAAUCGGAAUGUUGUCUUGUACGUUCGGAAUUAUUUUUUUCGACUCUUUGUACAUUUCAAUAUUGAUUAUCAUCCGUGUGCAAUUUCGAUACAUCAAUAUGACACUAGUAGCCACGAGCAAUCUCGCCGAGGAGCAACGAGCGCCAGAUGCACUAAUCAGCUUCAAGACAAAAUUAAAAAAUUGUGUGGAUUGCCAUGUAGAAAUUAUAAAAUUUUUAAAGAUGUUACAAGCUUUCGCCAGUCCAAUGAUGUUCGCGCAAUGCAUCGAAUGCGUACUUGAACUUUGCUUCACCUCGUUCCAAGCAUCAGCAAUCGAACUUACGAUGGACAAAAAGAAUAUGAUCGCAUUGUUUAAACUGUGUGGAUAUUUCUCAACCGCCGCUGUUCAAUUGUACUUCUUUUGUUUCUUCGCCACUCAAAUUGAAUCCCUGGCGUCACAAAUUCCGCAUUCAGUGUAUUCGUGCGGAUGGGAGAUGAUGAUUUUCAAACAGCGGAAGGAGCCGAGUACUAAGAAACAAUUUAACAAUGAUAUUAAUCAGUUAGUAAACAUGAUAACGAUACAAGCGCAGAGACCUAUAGUCUUGACCGGCGGUCCGUUCUACGUACUUUCGAUGGAAACUUUUAGAGCCAUGAUGAGUUUGGCACUAUCAAACUCCAUAAUGUUACGUCAACUCUCUGAUCGGGAUAAAUAAGUAAAUGUCAGUAGCUGCUUAUCACUGUCCGCGAUUGAUUGUUGCGUUUUUAAUACAUUUAUAAUUACUUGAAAAAUUUAUUAUUUACAAUUAUUUAUAACAAAAUUGUUACAUGUUUAUUAAUGUAAUAUUGAAAUUAAUAUUCAAAUUAUGUAUGUGAUAGUCGAUUGAGGAUAAUACAUACCACAAAUUACGAUAAGGAAAAAUUUUUGUAU